AAUAACAAUGACCUUAGGAUUUGUAAACUAAUAAAGAGACCCGAUCCAUAAGUUCCAGUUCAGAACCAUAAAUCCAAACCCGAGAUUUACACGACUAAGUGGGCUGUUUCAAGUUUCAACUUUUUCUCACACCAUCAUUGAUUGGAAUUGAGUAAACAGUUCUCCUAUUAUCAUCUUUCGUCACGAUUCAUCCCGAUCUCUUCUUGCUGAGACUCCGGACUCGACUUGAAGAAACUUUUCCAGGUGAGAUCCAUCUAAGACCCGGAAACCCCUCUUUUAUGGCUUUCGCUCGUAAUUUUAUCUCUAGUUCCUCGCGUGUUUCAUUAUGGGUUUUUCCUGGCUAUUUUGAAUCGAAAUAAUAGUGUCUUUCUUCCCUUAUGGUGUUGUAAUUUGAUUUUUGUUAAGCUAGAUUAUUCUUCAAUUGAGCCCUUUAAUCGGAAAAUUCAAUCAAUCUCUGGGUCAUCGUUGCAGCUCAAUUCUUAUGUAGUAUUUAGUCUUGUUAAGGAGCUCACCAUUGGGGCAGUUGCCUCCUCCUUCCUGGGUUUUGGGCUCCUGUUUUUUUGCUAUUUCCUUCUGGGUUUUAUGUUUGAUCCUCGCAUAUCAUACGGUUUGAAUCCAUUAAGUGAAUCAGCCAUUUAGGUAAUGAUGCUUCUUGAGGACGGUUUGGGGUUCACACCCCUCCAUCAGUUAAAGGGACCUUGUGUAAAGUGCUGUGAUCUGUAGUUCAACAGACUACACGUAUUGUUGAUCUCAGAAGUCAAUUAGGUGAUGUAUAUGCAAACUUAAAAAUUAAAUAAAAAUAGGAUUUGCUUGGGCUAUGGGAAUUGGCAUACUUUCAUGAUCCUGAUUGGCCAGGAUUGGUAUAAUAAAUAACGUUGUAGUGUUCAAUAUUUCUUUCAAGUCACAUCGUCUUGGACCUUGAUAUUCUUAUGAUCUUAUCAGUCUGCACAUUUGCUGGAUCUUUUUUUUGUGUUAACUAAAUUUGAGCUUCUGUGUGGGUUUGAAUUUGUUUUAUCAUUUGAAUCUAAAGAGACUAAUUUGAGGGAUCUUUUGUGCUUGGAUACAGGGUGGUUCAAAGAUGGCUGGCCGAACUCCGAUUAGAACAAUAAACUCAGCUCUUAUUGCUAUGAUUGCUGAUGAGGACACUGUUACCGGUUUUUUACUUGCUGGAGUUGGUAAUGUUGACUUGAGGAGGAAAACUAAUUACCUCAUUGUAGACUCAAAAACAACUGUGAAACAGAUCGAAGAUGCAUUCAAGGAUUUCACUUCACGGGAAGACGUUGCUGUAGUACUACUCAGCCAAUAUAUCGCAAAUAUGAUAAGGUUUUUAGUGGAUAGCUACAACAAGCCAGUUCCAGCGAUUCUGGAAAUCCCUUCCAAGGACCAUCCCUAUGAUCCCGCACACGACUCUGUACUUUCACGUGUGAAGUACCUCUUCAAUACCGAAUCUGUGGCAUCAGGAAGGCGUUAACUUGUGUCAACUGAUUCACAUGGAUAUGCUAUGAGGAAGACACUAGCUGAUUCAUUUGGAUUCGCCCACAAUCUUGUCAUAAAGUUGUAUGCAUCUGUUUUUCGUUUAUUCUGUAUAGUUAACCUUCUUUAGGAAUUCUAUUGGCAUUUGUUGAAUCUAAUAAGUGACGAAUAAAAACUUUCAGCGGGUAUGUAAAUGACUUGUGAGAUCAUUAUCUUCUAUUUCUGGAAAAAAGAAGCAUGCAGUUUGUAUUUUAUUUCGCUGUUGAAGUUGGAGGGUUUUUCUGCAGUUUUACAUGCGCCGCGCCCUCUCGGUGACAAAAAUAUUUGUGUUUUGAAAGUCUCAUCCUACUGUGAUAUAUAUCGGAUUUUUGUAUUCUAGAAAUCUCAUUCCAUUUUCUAUUCAUUGUGCAUUCUGGUGAUUCUUUGCAGCACAUUGACGUUAAGGUCUGAGCUUGCAUGUUGGUGUGAUCCUUUUCUUUUACCAGUUGUAUUGAUCUUUGCCAUGGCCCAUUAGGCAAUCAGUUGAUUGCUCUAUGAUUAUUGAGAAGUUUGAUUGAAACUCCCAACUUGAUGAAAAAAAAAAAAGCAGGACUAUCCAUUG